UUUAGCCAAAACUUGUCGACAAUCCAAAAUCUCUUUCGUAACGAGAAUGGCUCUUGUAGCUCAUCUCUGUCUUGCAAAUUGCUUGCUUCUCCUGUCCCUCUUUGCAGUUGUUUUCGCCGCCGACAUCGAUGCUUAUGGAUCCAGAUCCGGCCUCAAGAAGCCAAAACUACAGGGUGACCAGAGCCUCCUCUCCACAGACAUCGGGAUUCAAGGAGUGAUUUACUGUAAAUCGGGCUCGAAGCUCGUCCCACUCCAAGGUGCUCGGGCGAGGGUAACGUGUUUGGCCGUGGACAAGCGAGGGUACGAAACCGCCCCGUUCUGCAUCUUGAGCAGACCGACCGAUGCAAAUGGCUAUUUCUUGGCAACACUGUCGCCAUCGGAGGUCGAAGAUGACUGGAAGCUCACACAUUGCAAGGCUUUCCUGGAGCCCUCUCCCUCUGAGACCUGCAAAGUGCCAACGGACGUGAACAAGGGGAUCACUGGUGCUCUUCUCUCAUCCUAUCGCCUCUCAAAGGACAAGAGAAUGAAAUGGUUCUCCGUGGGGCCUUUUGUUUACACCGCGUGAGGACGAAGACUCAAUUUUUAAAAGGGGAAUUUGAGAGCUGAUAAUGGAGUGGGACAUGGAGAAAUGAAGCUACUACUUCUCUGAGGUCGUUGACUGAUUAAAGUUAUCUUUUGGCUUUUUGCCAAUAGCUUAAGUUUGGAUAUCGGCAUGAUCAGAUAAGUGUUGGCCAUCUCUAUAAUAACUAAACAACUAUUCAACUAAAGAGGCCAGAUGAAACUAUCGGGUUGUUCUCUUGCUUAAUAAAAUAACCGAGUAUUGGAG